AUGACAGAAGAUUUCCCUGAAUACAUCAUCAAAGAAAGAAAAAGCCAGGAAGGCGAAACCAUGUAUUACGUGAAGUGGAUUGGAUGCGAUCAUGAAGGGAAUACUUGGGAAGGAGAACAGAAAAUGAAGCUAGAGUGGCCAGACGCAGUGCGAAGAUACAAAAGCGACAUACAAACCAACACAUAUGACCAGCCAAAGCCAAAGCUCUUUUCUGAGCAGGAAGUGUUUGAUUAUACGAAUUCGGUGUAUGAUUGGGAAGAGGCUGUGGACUCAAUUGAAUAUAUAGAGAAAUCAAAGAUACCCGGGCUGCUGAUCUAUAUCAAUUGGAAAAAUGGAUACAAAUCUGUACAUCAUUCCACUGAAGUCUAUGCCAAAUGUCCACAAAAGAUGAUUGAAUACUAUGAACAGCAUUUUAGAUUUUGCAAAAUCUACGAUUACUAG